UCCCUUUCUGUUGCAGAUUUUGAAUACCUGCUGCCCAACAGCUUUGAGUCGGAGGGACAUGUGUUCAUUGCUCCCAGAGAGUAUUGCAAAGACCUCGACUUGUCGGAUAACAACACCGAAUUCCUGGAAAACUUUAUUGCCCUCAUGGAAAAGGUGACCCCAGACUCCAAGCAGUGUGACAACUUCCUUCUGCACAACCUGAUCCUGGACACGGGUAUCACACAGCAGCUGGUGGAGCAAGUCUGGAAGGACCAGGACCUCAACACGUACAGCCUCUUGGCUGUCUUCGCAGCCACCGACGGGGGCAUCACCCGUGUCUUCCCUAACAAGGCCGCAGAUGAUUGGGAGGAGGAGCCGGAGCCCUUCAACGCCAGCUUCUACCGGAGGAGCCUGGACAACAAGGGCUACAUCUUCAAGCCGCCCUACCGGGAUGCUGGCUACCGGGGGCUGGACCUGGAGAACAACACCAUCGGGAUCCUGGUGAGCACCGCCGUGGAGCUCAGCAUUGGGGGCAAGACUCUGAAGCCUGCAGUGGUGGGGGUGAAGCUGGACCUGGAGGCCUGGGCUGAGAAGUUUAAAGUGCUGGCGAGCAACCGGACAGACCGUGACCAGUUGGGCACCCGCCGGUGUGACCCCUCAAGCAGCUGUGAGAUGGACUGUGAGGCCAACAACAAGGACCUCAUCUGUGUCCUCAUCGAUGAUGGGGGCUUCCUGGUGCUCUCCAACCAGGAGGACCAUUGGUACCAGGUGGGCAAGUUCUUCAGCGAAGUGGAUGCCAACCUGAUGUCUGCCCUCUACAACAACUCCUUCUACGCUCGCAAGGAGUCCUACGACUUCCAGUCCGUCUGUGCCCCCGAGGCCCCCAGCAACACGGGCGCAGCGCCCCGCGGCGUCUUCGUGCCCACUGUGGCCGAUCUCCUGAGCCUUGCCUGGUGGACCUCGGCCGCAGCCUGGUCCCUGUUCCAGCAGUUCCUGUACAGCCUCACCUACAGCAGCUGGUUCCAGACGGAGGAGGUGGUGGGGGACGGCAUGGAGGCCAGGGAGACGAGCUGCAUCAUGAAGCAGACCCAGUAUUACUUCAGCACCGUCAACGCCACCUACAACGCCAUCAUUGACUGCGGCAACUGCUCCAGGCUCUUCCAUGCACAGAGACUGGCCAACACCAACCUGCUCUUCGUGGUGGCUGACAAGCCCAUCUGCAGUCAGUGUGAGUCUGUCAAGCUGCUGCAGGCAGAGGUAAGAGCUCCCCCGAGGGACCCCAACCAGUGUGAGCUGGUGGACAGGCCCCGCUACCGGAAAGGCCCCCACAUCUGCUUCGACUACAAUGCAACAGAAGAUACCUCAGACUGCGGCCGAGGGGCUUCCUUCUCCCCCUCCCUGGGGGUCCUGCUCUCGCUGCAGCUGCUGCUUCUCUACUCCAGCACCAGCCGGCACCCACUGCCCCCGGCCGCCUGCCUUUAGCCCCCUGGCCGUCCCCGCCAGCUCUCUUUUCUUUCAACUUCCAUCUCCAUGUCCCUCCCCGGCCCGGUGGAGCGGGAGCGACGUCCCCUCCGCCGCCUCGGGGACCCCCACGGUGCCGCCCCGCUCUCCCCACCGGCCGCAGCCAAAGAAGAGUCGGGGUGCGGGCAGGGGCUCCCCGGCAGAGCGGGGACCGGGACGGGGCCCCGACGUCGCACCCUCCCGGCCACUCGGACUUGGAAAAGUGGCGUCGGUGUCCUCCGCCCGCGACCCCCUCCAUUCACCUCGCCUAUUUUUUUAGCCUGAAGAUUUUAAAGCAGAUCUUUCUACAUCGAGUUUCCAACAUUUUCACCUGGAGACCGGCGGGGUUUAUUGUCAGCAACGAGGACACAUGGGAAAAAAAA